ACAAUGAUUUUCGACCUUGAGUAGAAGGCGAAUGGGCGUUUAAAAAUUUGUAAUAAGAAUUUUAAGGUCUUUUAAUUGGUAUUUCUUGAAUGAUCAAAGAAAAUUUGGGCUAUAUUUGAAAUUUUAGCAAAUAUCUGUAAAUGUAUGCUCCUGGUCGUAUUUGACAAGAGUGGUAAAAUCCCUAUGAAUAAUAAGUUAGCGAAACAGUUAGCUCCUCAAUUCUUCCUGUAGUAGUAUUUGGAAGCCGGUACAGGUGAGUGCAGUCGAUCACUCUUUUUUUUUAAAUUAACUUUAAAUCAAGUUUAACUUUUUUUUUUCUGUAAUUAAGAGGUCAAUUAGGCCUUUACUAAAACCUUUAUAUACGCCAAAUAGCUAAUAUUAUAGAAAUUAAUUAUAUUAAUAAACCAAACUAAAUACUAUGAAACAUGAUUAAGCCAAUACCUACAAUAAGACAACCGAUAGCCAAGCUACUACGCCUUUGUUUGUAAUAAAUGACAAACAAAUAAGGUACUCAUACUAAAUAAUAAACAAUAUUGAACGUUCAAUAUCAUUCUAACAUUAACGGCUUUAUGCCAGAUAAGAAACUAUUUUUAAUGCAGAUAUAUUGGCCUUAUAGAAAUUUUAUUAAAAUCUUUAUAAAGAUAGAUACUGAGUAAUUCAUUUUUAAAUAUUUUUCAACAAUUAACAGCAAUUUAAAACGUUUAACAUGAAAUCGUCGAUUGGAACAUUUAUUCUACUAAUAAUAUAUGCCGAAGCCUGUUUUUAUCAACGUAUUGUAAGGAAACAGAGCGCACCCCGUCAUUUUGUGGCAAAAAUUGAUAGCAGAAGAUCAACGUUCAAAUACAAUAUUUCCAUAACAUCACCUACAACUAUACAACCUUUGACUAAUGUUUCUACGGAAUCAUCUCUAAUACACCAAAUAAGAAAUUGUACACCAAAUGAAGAAAUUCAACAAAAUUGCAGAAGAGGUGUACCUUGUGAAGUUUCAUACAUUUCAAAUGGAACCCACGAAGUUGGGAAUAUAUAUUGCCGUUGUCCGGCAGGAUAUUCGGGUCCUCGUUGUCAUUUACCCGGAGCCUAUACAGCUUUAUCUAACGUUGGAACAGGAUUAAUUGCUUUUGCAGUAUCAGCAGUUGUUAUUACAAUUUUUGUCGGUAUUCUAUUUGUUUUUCUAUAUAAAAAAAAGAAAGCAAAAUCUGAAGGUAGAUAUUGUUGUGCAGCCAAUAGACCAGAAGCCCAACACCUAAAUCGAGAAGUUGCUCUUGGCAGUCUAGAAUCUUCACAUUUAAAUGGAAAACCGGAAGUAUCUUGAAGAAUAUAAAUAAUUUAGUAACGUUUAUUUUUUUUCUUUUUAGUAAAAAAUUGUUUUAGUUAUUUUAAGUGUUUGCUAUUUUUUUAAAAUAUAUAUAUAUAUAUAAGUUUUAUCUGAAA